AUGACUGUGCCAGGCAAUUCCGGUACCAAUCCGGAUGGACUUAAUGCAGAGCCGUACCAAGGAGACAUAUCGACUGAGGAUCAGCGCAAGAUUAUGAAACUUGCCAGACGGCUCACAGCAGAAUCGACGCGGUCUCGGCAUGAUGGUAUGCCACCCAACCCUUUCACGACGAGCUGUGAUCCAAGCUUGGAUCCCAACUCUCCGAAGUUCAAUGCGAGACACUGGGCAAGAACCAUACUGCACUGGUCCUCGCAAGAUCCUGAUCGGUUCCCACAGCGUACAGCGGGUGUGUCUUUCCGGAGCCUCGGUGUCCAUGGUUAUGGGCGCUCAACUGCAUAUCAGAAGGAUUUUUUGAAUGCUAUCCUGCAGGUGGGUGAUAUCGUUAGCGGCUUGGUUAACAGUAGGAAUCGUAAGCUCCAGAUUUUGAAAGAUCAUGAUGGGCUCUUGCGCAGUGGAGAAAUGCUCCUCGUUCUAGGGAGGCCUGGCAGUGGUGUAUCAACCCUGCUGAAGACAAUUGCUGGUCAGACUAAAGGGCUGUCCUUGGACGACUCGACGGAAUUCAACUACCAAGGUAUUCCAUGGGACUUGAUGCAUCGAAAGUUUCGUGGGGACGUAACGUAUCAAGCAGAAACGGACGUCCAUUUCCCACACCUGACAGUUGGGCAGACCCUUCAGUAUGCGGCCUUGGCAAGAACGCCUCACAAUAGACUACCCGGAGUUUCUCGCGAGACCUAUGCAACUCACCUGCGUGAUGUGGUUAUGGCUAUCUUUGGAAUUUCGCAUACGGUCAACACCAAGGUUGGCGACGACUUUAUCCGCGGCGUCAGUGGCGGAGAGAGAAAGCGUGUCAGCAUUGCGGAAUUGGCUCUCACCCAAAGUUGUAUUCAGUGCUGGGAUAACAGUACUCGUGGCUUGGAUAGUGCCACGGCUCUUGAAUUUGUUCGGACUGUCAGACUUUCUGUCGAUGUGGCGGGUACAGCGGCUGUUGUGGCAUUAUAUCAGGCAUCGCAACAGGCAUAUGACGUUUUUGAUAAAGUUGCAUUGUUAUACGAAGGCCGGCAAAUAUACUUCGGUCCAAUUGACCAAGCGAAGUCGUACUUCACAGAAUUGGGUUACGAAUGUCCUGAACGGCAAACCACGGCAGACUUUCUCACGUCGCUCACAAAUCCUGUCGAGAGAGUAGUCCGGUCGGGGUUCGAGAGCCGUGUUCCCCGGACCCCGGGGGAGUUUGCAAAGUGUUGGGAACAGAGUGUCUUGAGAGCCAGGCUUUUAGGAGAAAUAUCAGACUUUGAAAGAGAGCAUCCAAUCGGGGGACCUAUGUUGCAGAAAUUUGAAAGCUCCCGGAAUGCUGAACGAUCUCCUUUGAUGACGAGCAACUCUCCCUACACGAUCUCUGUCUUGCAACAGAUAGCUUUGUGUAUGCGACGGGGCUACCGCAGAAUUCUUGGAGAUCCUUCCUUUUUCAUCGUGACGGUUCUUGGCAAUUUCAUCCUCUCUCUUAUACUUGGCAGUGUCUUCUAUCAUCUGUCGGACACAAGCGUUAGCUUUACUGAUCGAUGUAUUCUACUGUUUUUUGCUCUGCUUUUUAACGCACUCAACAGUGCUUUAGAGAUAUUGGCACUAUACGCCCAGAGACCGAUUGUCGAGAAGCAUGCGUCUUACGCCUUUUACCAUCCGAUGUCGGAAGCUAUGGCUUCCAUGAUAUGCGAUCUACCAUGCAAAAUCCUCUCUACGCUGGCCUUCAACUUACCGUUAUACUACAUGUCGAACCUGCGGCGGGACUCGGGUCAUGUGGUAAUAUAUCUACUAUUCGCAUUCUUGUCGACUUUGACAAUGUCCAUGAUCUUCCGUACCAUUGCUCAAUUGACCCGUACAGUUGCGCAGGCUCUCACUCCCAUUGCGUUGGGUGUUGUUGGACUAAUUGUAUACACCGGUUUUGUGCUGCCCACCCGGAACAUGCAAGUCUGGCUGUGUUGGCUCAACUACAUUAACCCGAUCGCGUACUCCUACGAAACCCUUGUGGCGAACGAAUUUCAUCACCGUGAAUUUGUUUGUGCCAGCUUUGUUCCGUCUGGUCCGGGAUAUGAGAGUAUUUCAGAUACAGAAAGAACUUGCUCUGUGGCAGGCGCUACUUCUGCCUCGAGCGUGGUCAGUGGAGACGCAUAUGUAGAGGCAAAUUAUGGGUACUACUAUUCUCAUACGUGGAGAAAUUUCGGCAUUCUUGUUGCAUUCAUUUUGUUUUUCAUGACUACAUAUCUCCUCAUCGCUGAGUUUGUCAAGUUCAGUUACUCCAAAGGCGAAGUGUUGGUAUUCCAGCGCAAACAUAGGGUAGCCCAUAUUGGCGGCGAACCUGCCGAUGACGAAGAGAGCACCGUUAAAAAAGAGACAGCGGCAAGCCAUAACUGCGUCGACAGUAAUGAAGGGGCCGAAGAGGACCAGUCUCUCAAGUUCCGCUUUGAAUCUAACACCUUGCACUGGAGAGAUGUUUGUUACGAUGUUCCGAUCAAGGGUGAAAUGCGACGAAUUGCAGACCACAUUGAUGGCUGGGUAACCCCAGGCACUCUUACUGCGUUGAUGGGCGCUUCAGGGGCCGGGAAAACAACACUCCUAGAUCUUCUAGCAAGUAGAGUGAAAACAGGUGUUGUUUCCGGUAAUAUCUGUGUCAACGGAACCCCGCGGGAUGCAUCUUUUCAGCGCAGGGUAGGCUACGUUCAACAGCAAGAUGUUCAUCUGGAAACCAGCACUAUUCGAGAAGCCCUUCAGUUCAGCGCUCUCCUCCGCCAGCCCGCCUCUACUUCUAGGGCUGAAAAGCUACAAUACGUUGAGGAGGUGAUUGAUUUGCUUGAGAUGAGGUCAUAUGCUGAUGCUGUCGUUGGUGUUCCUGGAGAGGGUCUCAACGUCGAACAGAGGAAAAGACUGACGAUUGGUGUUGAACUUGCUGCAAAGCCUGAUUUGCUACUGUUUCUCGAUGAGCCAACGUCAGGAUUGGACAGCCAGACGGCAUGGUCUAUAUCCUUGCUGCUACGGAAGUUGUCCAACCAUGGACAAGCCAUAUUGUGCACAAUACAUCAGCCCUCGGCCAUUCUCUUCCAGCAAUUUGACCGGCUCCUUCUCCUAGCUAAAGGCGGCCGUACCGUCUACUUUGGGCCGAUCGGACCUAACUCCAAGACUCUGAUCGGCUACUUUGAGCAGCAUGGAGCAAGGCCCUGCGCAGAUGAGGAGAAUCCGGCUGAAUGGAUGCUGGAGGUCAUCGGUGCUGCCCCAGGGAGUAGCUCAGUCCGUGACUGGCCGGUCACAUGGAAAGAGAGCCGUGAAUUCCAAGAAACGCGAAAAGAGCUUGGACGGCUUGAGCAGUCUGGCUCUCCUAGUCUGGAAGAUGAGAGCACCUCAGUCCAGCAAUAUGCGGCCCCAUUCUACAUCCAGCUAGGUCUUUGUACAAAACGGGUUUUUGAACAGUACUGGCGCUCUCCGUCAUACAUCUAUGCUAAGCUGAUCCUUUGCUUCGGAGCGGCCCUGUUCAUUGGUCUUUCGUUUCUCAACACGAAGGUUACGGUCCUUGGUCUCCAGCAUCAGACCUUUGCUAUAUUCAUGCUUCUUGUUAUUUUUGCAUUUCUUGCCUACCAGACUAUGCCUAAUUUUAUCAAGCAGCGCGACUUGUACGAAGUCCGUGAACGGCCAGCCAAAACAUACGCUUGGUCUGCUUUUAUGUUGGCCAACAUCGUUGUUGACAUCCCCUGGAACUCGCUUGCGGCGGUUCUGAUCUUUCUCCCAUUCUACUAUAUCAUCGGGAUGUAUCAUAACGCCGAGGAGACACAUACUGUGAAUGAAAGAAGCGGGCUCAUGUUUCUCCUGGUUUGGUCUUUCAUGAUGCACUGUGGUACAUUCACGAUCAUGGUGGUUGCGAGCGUGGCAACUGCUGAGGUCGGGGCCACUCUAGCUCUGCUCCUCUUCUCAAUGAGCUUGAUAUUCUGCGGCGUCAUGGCCAGCCCCGCUAGCCUCCCCGGAUUCUGGAUCUUCAUGUAUCGAGUAUCCCCGAUGACCUAUCUCGUUAGCGGCAUGCUUUCCGCGGGUCUAGCCAAUACUGCAGUCCACUGCUCCGAUUUGGAAUUGGUUGUUGUUCAGCCUCCGGCCAAUGAGACUUGUGCCAAUUACCUCGCCGAUUACAUGGAAAUCGCUGGAGGUGCCGUUUACAAUCCCCAGGCAACCGCCGAUUGUGAAUACUGCCAGAUGACCAACUCGAAUGUGUAUCUUGCAUCGCUCUCCACAUCGUAUGCUGAGCGUUGGCGCAACUUUGGGCUUAUGUGGGCAUACAUCGCGUUCAACAUUUUUGCCGCAUUGUUUCUGUAUUGGUUUGUGCGAGUCCGAAGCGGUUCAGCCACCUCAGUUUUUCGCCGGUUUGCCAAGACAUUUUCUCGUUCUUCGCAGAGGACUUGA